AUGGGCGAUAAAAUGCCCCCCGAUCUCCCUGUCGAAAUUCUCAUCUUUAUUGCUCAAAUUAUCUACUUGAGCGACGAAGGGCGGAAGGACUCGUUACUCUCUCGCCAGAAAAAUAUGUACAAUUUCUGCCUUGUUGGACGUGCGUGGUACUCAGCCGGCAUCGAGUUUCUAUAUCGCAGUCCGCAGCUUGCGCGAGGAAACAACUUCGGAAAUUUUUUAUCCACAGUCAGUCCUCAGUCCAGGGCCAAAAAAUCAAAUGUCGACCUCGGGUCUCUGGUGAAGGAGCUCCUCUUGCAGGAGUUGGUCCACCACAGCUCCCCCAGCCAGACUGCACGGCUAUUGAAAGCGGCGAGCUCAAGCCUUGUUUCCUUCACGGCACCUCGUGUAUCCUUUGCCAUCAACAGCCUUGCAGCGCUUUCUAGAUGCCAGAAUCUUCUACGUUUAGAUCUAAGCUUGGUUAUGGGAAGCUCUGUAAGUUUUCGGAAACUCAAGAAAACCAUCAGCGGCAUCAAAAAGCUCGAAUGUCUCAGACUUCCCACUUCCAUGAAUCUUGUUCAUACAGAUGAGGAUCAGUGGCCGCAGUCAUUGAUCGAUUUGAGCGUUGGAGGGCGCGUCGAUUACGAAACAAUGUUAGACUUCUGCUGGCCUGACAACCUCGAGAAGUUGACGCUCGAUCAUUGCGUGAAUUUGGAUCUCGACACCCUAGGAGCCACUCUGGGUAAUAAAAGGCUCAGUCAAGUGCUCAGAGAGCUGACCAUCGGUCCUUAUAACCACGGCAUGUGGGAAAUCGAGGUAGAAAAUGAAGAAUCCGAUUUUCCGGUAGUGGAAGCGAUUGAGUCAAUGGAGAAGCUUCGCCAUCUCAAAUUACCAGCAGAUCUUGCUCUAAUGCUGCUUGAUGGCAUACCUAGAGUACAGGCAUCGCCCGUCCAGGUGUUGGAGAUUGCUCCCGCACAGUCUGGAUAUGAGUUGGACCUUGAUAGCGGCGAAAUCCUCCCAAUGAUAUUUCUCCAGGCAUUGCAAAAUCAAUACAGCAAUGUGUGGUGUUUCAAGGUCUGCUCAGAAGCAGGGCUCUUUCUGAAUGACGACUACCGACAGAAGAUCGACGACGAAGUUUGGCUUCAUCUACCGGACAACGACGACGAUCCUCAACUCGCUGAGUUUGAAUCGCUUCAUUCAUUCGGAUUGAUAAUCCUUGACGAAACCAAUUAA